GACAGCCAUGGCAAAAGCCCUUUCCAACACGCAUGCCUUCGUGGGGGCCACGUGGCUGCCAUGCGUUUCCUGUUGGAGGCUCGUGCAGACAAGGAUUCCGUUGACAAGAUGGGCAUGACUCCAUUGCAUGAGGCAUCUGCUGGUGGUGUUGUGGAAAUUGUGCGUCUGCUUCUUGAGGCAGGGGCUGAGAAGAAUAAAGUCGACAGCUCAGGCAAGACUGCAUUGCAUUGGGCCUGCAAGCAGGCUCCGUAUGCAAUCGCACGGUUGCUGGUCGGAGCUGGUGCAGACAAGGACAUAGCU